GGCUUUCUUUACGUGGAUUUGUUUUAUUAAAAUUGUGAUACAUCCUAAUGAAUUGAAUGACUAUAAAAUUCUUGUAGAUUUCACGCAGCAGCUGUUUUUAAGCACUGCGGUUUCCUGUUGUUUAUGUGUUGUCCAUGUUAUUGUUUACAAUCGCCAUGGCGGAUUUUGAUACUCAGGACAUACUAGCAGUUGUAAGGGAAAGCGACAGAAAGGGUGAAAACGAUGACGCAUUUUUCUUGCACGUUGCAACACCUGGUAAGCCACCAUCUGCAUUGCAUAGGAAAGUGAUAGUUCCCUUCCUGAAGGAUCAUGGCUGGAGAAAAGUCAGCUAUCAGAAAACUGGAUUCAGAGCUCUUUAUUUUCUGCGAAAAGAAAGCGACGAGACAACAUACAACAACGGUCGUCAAAACCUGAAACAAUUGAAUAUACACAAAUCCAGUCCUUCGAAUGCAACACAGCUGCUGGCAAUGAAUCAUCGUUCGGAAUUGAAACGUAGAAUCGAGGAUUACAAACGUCAACAUAAUUUAAGCUUCCAUAUUCAUCUUAUUCUUUCUCGACCUCUUGAUUAUGAAGAAGAUUUUGCUGAAAUUGCAAACAAACACGAAAAUAAUGGAGUUUAGAUCUAAUAGUUUGUUUGUGGGUGGUUUUGUCGAUGAUAUAUGGUAUGGAGACAAUGAAUAAAUGUCCCUAUUGUACACGAA